AUGAGACACCUGAAAGGGGCAUUGCUGUUAGUUUGGCUGUGCCUGGCCUCCGAGGAAAACAGAGGAUGCGGAGACCGCGGCCAAGGCCUUGAAGGUGAGGAGGAGUCGGAGGCUGAGUCAAUGCGGGUGCAGCUUCUGCAGCACCGCGACGUGCGUCUGCAGCGCACUCCUACCCUUGCAGAGGUGCCAGCAAAGCAGCAGUUCAGCAUACCAGUGGCAAAGGCGUUCGCCAGCGUAAGCCAAGCGGCUUUUUGCGGAGCGGAUGAACAGCUGCGGAACUGGACUUGCGAGGCCUGCCAUGAUGUCGGCUUUACUUUGACGCCCGGCACGCGGCGCCUUGUGCGGCAGGCUGAGUUGGGCGAGGCGGACUCCACCUUCAUCUUCGUGUCGCGCGCAGAAUAUCUGACCGAGCAGCCAGAAGACUGGCUGUGGCCGGCCGCGAGGGCCAAGGAGACCCUGAAAAAUGCCAACAAGGACUGUUACACUCACUGCGGUCAGCUGGGCGGCUUCUGCGCGUGGUGUGGCGUUGGGAAUGCAUGCUGCAAGAAAAAUGAGGCUGGGGACCCUGCGGAGUGCUUCAAUGCCACAGGAUUCAUUGGGUCUGAGUACCAUGAAUGCGUGACAGUGCAACAUCCAGUCCCUCACUCGCCAGUGCUUCACAGUGGUGAGGAUUGCUGGUUGUAUUGUGGGAAGGCUGGAGGCUUCUGCGACUGGUGCGGUGCUGGCAAUGCCUGCUGCAGGAACGGUUAUGAAAACGACCCGCUUGAAUGCCAUGGCGCGUUGGCCAACUCGUCACAUCAUGUUUGCACAGCGGCUAUGUCGAACGUGCCGAAGCCGGUGUCAAAGCGUGAUUUUGGCUGCAUCCUAUCGAUCCGAGGCUCGCGGACGUUCACGAACGCCUUGCACGAUGCCUUCUUUUGGAGCGACGAGCUCCCCGUGCAGGAAUGUGAAGGUUGCCAAGUUUUCGAUGGCUUCUGGCGGGUGUGGUCCGGUGUUGAGGCAAAGCUUGGGCGAGUCUUGAUUGACAAUGGCUGCAUUCCAGGCACUGACCACGGUACCGUCCUGCUGACUGGCCAUUCGCUGGGGGCAGCAGUGGCAACGAUUGCUAUGUACAUGCUGCAGCUUCGAGGCUACACUGUGGGUCUCUCGUACAACUUCGAAUCGCCACGCGUGGGGAAUGAAGCAUUUCACCAGUCUUUCGCUGGAAUGUUCGGGCGAGUAGUGAACCUCUGGCGGAUCACGCGAUCGCGGGACCCAGUCCCGCACGUCCCACCGCUUCCGAUUUACCACCACGUGGGAUCGGAAGCCUACUUUCCGCAAGAUGGUGGGGAGCACGUGCUGUGCCUGGAUGCCGAAGACCCGAAAUGUGCCCUGGCAAAGCCGGCUGGGACCACUGCAAAUCUGAGCUUGCGGGACCUGGCCGUGGCUACGGUGAGGGCAUCUGUCAAUGUGCAGCCUAGCAACUUUGCACCUAGCAGGUUGUGCAACGACUGGAACCUCUUCUGCUACGGCUUUGAGUUUGCAAGCCACACCGGUCGCUGCGAGAUCUGGACGACGCCGAUUUGUGCUCACAGCCAGGCCAACGUUCCUGGAUCCAGCUUUGUGGACUUCCGAUGCUUCCAGCGCUGCCGUUCUGGUGACUGA